AGUACACCACCAUUCGGCACCGGCCUUCUUCGGUUCCCAUGGCAUCGAGGCGACUCGCCAAAUCCCUGCCGUCCGUCUCCACUCUCAACUCUCUGCGCCGUAACACCGACCUCGAUCACAUCCCUAAACCUGUCGCCCGCUUCGAUCUCUCCGCCGUCUUCGACCCCUCCUCCCCCUCCGCCGUCUCCUCCGCCCCUCCUCUUCCCACGCUCUCCCUCUCCGCCGCCGCCCCCUCCCGCCUCAUUCGCUUCCUCGAGUCCCACCUCCCGCCCUCUUUCACCCCAGCCGACCUCCUCCGCCUCCUCAGCUGCCGCCUCCGCCACCACCCCGCCUUCGCCCCUUACGAUCUCCACGUCUUCCAAUGGGCCGCCGGCGUCGAUUCCUUCCGCCACGACCAUUCCACCUACGAGUGGAUGGCUCGCACCCUCGCCGUCACCGACCGCCUCGGCCCUCUCCGCCUCCUCCUCCACCGCAUGCUCGCCCAGCCUUGCCCCUGCGCCGACGGCAUCUUCGCCUGCCCUCGCAUCGAACCGAUCAUCGGCUUCGCCAUUCACGCGUUCUGCCGCGCGGGACGCCUUGAUGAUGCUAUCUCCGCCUUCGAGGACUCCCGGAGGUCCGUCGACGGCCGUCCCGGUGUGGCUCUUUACAACACCCUCAUCAACGGGUUCGCUCGGCGAAGGGAAUAUCAGAAAGCCAAGAGCUUGUAUGACAGAAUGGUCAAGGAUCGCGUGAAACCCGACACUUUCACCUUCAACAUCUUGAUCAGCAGCUGCCUCCGGUGCUCGGACCUCAAUUCGGCGCUGGAUUGGUUCCGAGAGAUGAGGGCAAGGGGAUGUGAGCCAAACGUCGUCAGUUUUAACACUCUCAUCAGAGGCUUCUUCAAGGAGAAGAAAUUUAAGGAGGGAAUUGGAGUUGCCAGGGAGAUGCUUGAACUGGGCUAUGGGUUCUCAGUUGCUAGUUGCGAUAUUCUCAUGGACGGUCUCUGUAAAGAUGGCAAGAGUCUGGAAGCAAGCAAACUGUUGGAGGAGUUCUUGCAGAAAGGAGCUUUACCGAACGGGUUCGAUUGCUUUGUUUUGGUGGAGACAUUUUGUAAAGAUGGUGGUAGUGCAGGGAGAGCCUUGGAAGUAGUUGAUUCACUCUGGGGGAAGGGCAAUUUUUGCAGCGAGGUGACUUGCUCUACCUUGAUCGAGGGACUCAGAAGUUCAGGUAAGAUAAAUGAUGCAUGUGGCUUAUUGGAGAGAAUGCUGCAGAAGGAAAUGCUUCCUGAUACCAUCACCUUCAACACUCUUUUGGAAACACUUUGUGAUAUCGGAAGGACAUCAGAUGCCAACAGAUUGAGAGUGAUAGCAUCCAAAAAGGGUUUUAAACCUGACACUGUGACUUUUGGCAUACUGGCUCAUGGAUUCUCUAGAGAAGGGAGAAAAACAGAGGGGGAAUCUAUCAUCAAUGAAAUGCUUGAUGCCGGAUUUAUACCAAAUAUUGCUACUUAUAACACAUUGAUGGAUAGACUGCCUACUAGAAAGAAUCCUUCAAGUCGCCAAAUUGGAAAGGCCAGGAUUAACAAGUCAAUGGAGUCUGAUGCGGCGAUAAUUUGCUGAAGUUUACUCUCAUGAUGUGGAUGGACUUGCAUGUAUCAACACCUAUCAGAAGGUACUGGGAGUCAUUCCAACGUGGCCCCUCCGAAGUAA